CGAUCAAUCGACAAAAAGGCUCUUCUCGACAACGCUCACAGCGCCGCCCUCAAGACACCACAAAUGGCUACGACUAGAUUGUACUCCAAAGGCCGCGUACUAGGAUACAAGCGGGCAAAGCGCAACUCACGCCCGAACACCUCCCUAGUGCAAAUCGAGGGCGUCGCGACCAAGGAGGAUGCUCAAUACUACCUCGGAAAGCGUGUAGCCUACGUUUACAAGGCCAAGCGCGAAAUUGCUGGCUCAAAAGUCCGGGUCAUCUGGGGUCGUGUCACCCGCCCUCACGGGAGCUCCGGCGUCGUCAAGUCGAAAUUCUCGUCCAACCUGCCCCCGCAUGCUUUCGGUGCCAGCGUCCGCGUGGUACGUUACAAUGCUCUACCCCUCCACGAUCUAGGCGUUUUUGUUGUCGUAUCCAUGCAUUUAAACUGUUCGGUGAGCAGUAAAAAGCAUAUCGAAUCGAAUCGAAUCUACUGUACAAUCAAGUAUGACAUCUUCCACCUACAUCUUGCUCCUGUUCUCCAUGGCUGGCUUUCUCCUCCGUUCCACAACAUGCCCAAGAUCCACCUGAAACGCACGCCUCAAGAGGAGGCCGACCGCCGAGCUCGUAAACGACGCAAACGCGAGCGCGAGGCAUCCUCAAAGAGCAAUUCCAAACACAAAUCUUCAGAACAAACUACACAUCGGAAGUGGGCCUCAGACGAUGAGUCAGAGGACGACGCUAACGCUCCCAACCCGGCCAAUUCACGCUACGACUACAACGAGCCGGGGCCUUCCGGCUACAAGCCCGACUACGAGGCAAUCCAGGCAGAGCUGGAAGAGGCGCGGUUUCGGGAGAAGAUGGCCGCUGCUUUCGACGACGACGACAGACUCGACUCGCUGGAGGCGCGGAUGAACGACUACGCUCAUAUACCUGGCCGAUGGCGCCAGCCAAACGCAAGCACAACCACAGGCGUAUAUGCUGAGGACGAUCUUCUGAACCUCGAUCCAGCACAAAUGGACGAUGAAGAGUAUGCGGAGUGGGUCCGGCAUGGGAUGUACAGAAAAACCCAUGCGCGAGAGUAUGCAGAAGAGCAGGAGCGCAAGGCCCGUCGUGAGGCCCGUCGCGCGGAGGAAAAGGCUAGGAGAGCGGAAACAGCGGCACUGGCUGCCCAAGCCGAAGAGGAGAAUAGACGCAAGAAACGACUAAAGGAGGCCAGAAGACAGGAAUACGCCCGUCAGGACUACAAUUCGCGAUGGACCGCGCUGCUUUCGCAUGGUGAUGGCCCGCUGGUAUUUGCGGAUGUACCAUGGCCGGUUUUGGCUGCACAACGGAGAAGCGAAAGACAUCUAAACGACCCGCCUCCGACGAUUCAGCUGGAGGAGAUUACUGCAGAGAAUAUCGCGGCUUUCUUCCUCUUUGAUGAUGCCCCCCAAAGACGACGCGGCGAAGAAAGCGAGGAAGGAAAAACUGCGAGAGACUUACUUGCGAUUCCACCCAGAUAA